AUGAAGAAGGCAGGGCUGUUGGUCAUUUUUUCUGCCCUAUUUUGUGGCACUUUCGCUAAGGAUACAGUGCCUGUGCUCAUUUGGAACCCGAGGCAAAAAAAUAAAGAGAAUUAUGAUUUUGAAUGGGCAAAAAAUCUGCAAGCUUUAAGCCAAAUAAACAUUCUACUCUUCGAACAAGAUGCGCUGAGUAUUGAAGACCUCUCAAGUCGUCCAGGUAAACUGCACCAUGUGAACCAGUGGAUGGAAAAUAGCCAUUCUCUUUAUCUGCCCAAUGUAGUGGAUCCCACACACCUUGCCCAUGACCUGCCUUCACAAGGAUAUAAUGUGGUGGUCCUGGAACCUGGUUCAUCUACAGCUGGAUUGCAGUUGAAGCAACAGGAGAAGAACCUGGUUAUUGUAAAGCUGCCAUCCACACCAUCAGUGAAAUUGCAAGAUGAGUUUGAGCAAAGGGUCCGAAUUGCUCGGUCACUUCAGGCUGUACCUGAAAGAAGCCCCAGGGGUUUCCACAACUACUCAUGUGUAUUGCUGUACCUUUACAAGAAUAUCACCUUCAAUUUUUACACCAAUGAAACUCUUAAUAAUUCGUACACUAUAUCUGAGUCCAGUCAUUUGAGCGACUCUGGAGAAUGUCGUCCAGAAGCAUCAAAACUUUUGAUGAAGUAUAACACGCCUGAGUAUGGAAAGUUUAAUAUCCAGUUCAGCUUCAAGAACCUCAACAAUGAAUGGAUGCUGGAAGGUGUGAAGACCCUGAUGGAUACUAAGGAAGACAUCUUUACGCUGGUUAACAAUGAUAUUGGAGGCAUUCCUAUAGGAAUGUCGUAUUCAUGUAGUGAGAAGACCUAUUUAAAGAACAACAGCACAAGCAAGUCAAUCGUGAUGGUUCUUGAUGGCUUUCAGGUUCAGCCUUUCAGCUCCAAUCAGACAAAGUUCAGUGGGUCUUGGGACUGUGUUGGGUUCUUUACUGUACCCAUCUGGUGUGCUCUGUUAGUGACGCUGCUCCUGCUGUUCAUCCUGUUCUCGGGAAUGUACAUGCUGGGUGACAUCAAAACCAUGGACCGCUUUGAUGAUCCCAAGGGAAAACCCAUCAUGGUUGCUACAACAGAUUAAAUUCAGUAUAUAAGGGAUGAUACUUAUAUGCUCUUUUUUGCUGCCAGAAUAAUGUAGUCCCCUAUACUUUUGGAAAAAGUAAACUUCAGUCUUUGUUUGAGCUAGGUGUUUCAUGAAUAAAUAAUGUAAUGAAUAUACAAGGGCUGGCAAGGAAUCAUUCAGAUUUACUAAACCAUUUUCUAAUAUCAAGUUAAACAGUUUAUUGCAUAUUUUAGUUAGUACAUUUGUUUAGUGAAAUGCCAUGUAUGGUAAGUGCAGUAUGGGGGUGUUUAUUCCUUUUACUUGGGAAUUAGUUAUGAUUAUAAAAGUAUUUAUGCAUAAUUAUUUAAUCAAAAAAACAAAUCCUACUUGUAUGGUUCAACCAGCCAGUUCUUGUAGAAUAGGAUUGAUGAUGACUAUAAAUGAUAUAGUGAUUUAGUGACUUAACCUUAGAUAUGAAAUUCCAAUAUUUGAAUGUAGGGAAAAUGGAUGUGAAUGUUUGUGGGUGUGUUUACCAUUUCAAUAACAUAAUGAGGAUAGUGAAUUAUUCAAAUAUAUUUAAAGAAUAAACAUUAUUAGAGACAGCAAUUUUUUUUUCUAAGCUUGGUAAUGUAGAGCUGGUUAUCAAAUGAUUGAUAUCAAUAUAAUAUUGUUAAAUUAAAAAGUUAUUCCCUGAAGAAUAUCUGUUUUCCAGAACUGUUUUUUAUAGACAUAACUUUCUAGGUGUCAUAAAUUAUAUGAAGCUUAUUACAUAUGCACAAAGAUAGGUGUUGAAAAUUAAACACAGGAAGGAAAAAUUGCACUUGAUGUGAUUAUCAGGUUGUAAGUGUAGCUUUACUAUUUUGGUUGAAUGUCUUUAAUAGUGGAAUAAAGAGCAAUUCUGAAAUUUUAAGAAAUAUCCAUAUUAUGCUUUGCUCGAUGAAAUUAAAUUCAUAGUGUGAUUCUGCAAGUAGUAAUCCAGAAGAUUAUGAACAUGAUACUCCUCUCCUUUGUGUGGCUGGUAGUAUAUGAUUAUGUAAAUAUUCAAAUUAUAGUGUGUAUAUAUAGUCCCAGGAUUUCAUUUUUUCCUGAAGAAAUGUAAGUUAUACUAAGAGAAUGUGUAAAGAAAAUAAAUAUGAGGAAACAAAGUAUUAAUAUGCACUACAUUCCAUACAAUCUUGACUGUUAUAAAUGUGCACAAUUAUCUAGCUUGUCUGUCUUGUGUUAUACUGUGUAUUAUAUGUACUGUACAGUUGUGUUUUAAAUUAAAGGUGUUAUGGAUA